AUCUUCAAUAACUAUUGAUGAAGAUAUUGAAGUUUAAAAAAUCCGAUUCAGGAUCAAUUCGAAUUGAUUCUACUCUGUUAUACACACUGACUCUCUGCCAACCAUGCAUAAGCUAUGGCGGCGUGAUGGCGAUGGCCUUGUAGUAGUGCCCGCCCAAAGCACUGGCAACCACAGACAAAAAACGCCUCUGAUCUCAUACUGAUCUGCAACACCAUUCUGCAUGCUGGGGAUGUUCGCAUUGCUUCUACAGCUCCUUUUUCUUUCUCCCCGGCAUACAUACCUUUUUCAACGACGGGCCAUUGGCCUCGUAUUUUGAGACAUUCUUCAGCAUUGGUGACUUGACAGCGAUUAGAUGUGACAUUCUAAGACAAAUCCAAUCUUCAGCCCAACGGCCUGUCACCAGCCGCAGAAAGACAUGGCCCAUAUCGUACCAAAGAGUUGCUUCUCUGGGAUAUACGUGCAAGCUUGAUGUCAAAGCUUGUUUAUUUCAAUGUAUUUUGACAGUGUUGGAGUCUCGAAUCUGACUGCAACCCGCUCAAUUGGCCCCGGACUCUUUCCCCCAUCGCUUUUGAUCUGACAGGGCUGAGAGAAAUUAAAGGAGGUUGGGGUUACUGGAGCCCAAAAAUGGACAGCACAGCUUAAACCGAAGGAUGGAAGCACCCGGUGGGCGCCAGCGUGGUACACGAUGGGAUCGGCCAAUUAGUUCCACUGGUUGCGGAAGCUCACUCUUUGAGUUCCCCGUGCCUGUAACUUAGCUUUUUACGAGCUUCCAUGCUACAUACAUGUUCCUGUGGAGGCGUGACAUGGUUCCAAGAUGGAAGCACCAAAUUAUUUGACAAUGGGAAAAUGGCACUACCGAAGCCCACCGAUGCCGAUGCUUGCUCUUCAGCUUGUCUGAGACAUUGCUGUGCAUACGAACGAAAGUCGCCGCUUGGAUAUUUCAAUUCGUGACCUAGCUGCUCAGAUAUUGACCUUGGUUGAUUCUUUACUCUUCUUGUUGAUUCAACCCCAUGCCAGCCCACGUCAAUAUCGGGUGACAAGCCUGCUUCCUAUUUAACCGAAUUUUGGGGCUAUUGAGAGUUUUUGGGUACGGAAUUCAAUCCCAGCAGUUGCCAAUAAAACGAGGAGGAGCACAAAAGUUCCAUGACAUGCCGAGAGAGAAGCAUAUCCCAACAAUUGCCAGCCCUAUGGGGGGCGCGGCGGUGGUGGCUCAUGUUACUGUGUAGAACGCUCCUACUGGGAAGCGCAUUCUCUUCAAUCCAGUUCCCGUGGAAUCAUGUUGUAUCACUGAGCUACUAGUCGCCAAUAAAACCUGGGUCCAUAUUGGUCAUGAUACAAGAUUGCUCAUGCAUUGGCUGGAAAGUGUAUAAAGUCCCACUCCAGCCCUCCUCCGCUCCAUUUCCCCUCAUGAGUUUUAUCCCCUAUCCUCAGAUUUGAAUACCUAGCAUUCCUCGUCUUGCAAGACACCACCCCAUAAUUAUCACUCUUUGAAAGACAAUGCGUCUCUCAUCUACAUUCGUUGGUGCCCUCGCCGCACUCGCCCCUACUGUUCAAGCAGUGGGCAAAGCCAUCGUGGUCAACUACUGCCCCUUCGACGUCUACCUCAACUCUGUCGGCAGCGAAAUUGGACCAGAACAGCACCUCAAGGCUUAUGGCGGUACCUACAGUGAGCUAUUUCGCCACGACCCCCGAAGUGGCGGUAUCGCUAUCAAGCUCACCCUCGAGCCAGGUGGCUUGCUGCACGGUGCACCACAAACCAUCUUCGCCUAUAACCUCGUCCUACCCGUGAUCUGGUACGAUUUGUCGGAUGUUUUUGGUGACCCAUUCGCCGGCUAUCCUCUGAAACUCGCACCCUCAGACCCCAGCUGCCCAGUGCUCUUUUGGCCAGAUGGCAUCCCGCCUGGACCAAGCCAGGUGAGAAACUGCCAGUCGAAGUCGGAUCUUACGCUGACAUUGUGCGCAUAUCCUUUUAAGAAGAAAGGAGAAGAAGAAGAAGCCUUUCUCGAUUAGAGAUACUCACCAGCCAACCUCUCUCCACGCAGUUAGUUUUCCACACGAGGUAUAGGGAGAGAGAGAGAGAAUGACCAUACUAUUGGUACGAGAUACUAUUUUUGUGAACUAAUGUUUGAACGCCAUGCCUUGACGCCCAUUAAUUUAUAUGAUGUGCCAAUGAGAACCAAAGCCAAUUUACUCCUUGUUUCCCCCUAUUUUUAAGCCCUCCCCCCCGGUUCCCUUCGCUCCUCGUAUGUGUACGUACCUAUGGCAUGCAACAUGUCUUACAGUCGUACGAUGGAACGUAAUAUCUACUCGGUCCUCUGAUGAAUUGAAAAGAUUGAUUUUAAAAUUUUUAUAUUCAUUUAUUCUUGGGGUUGAUUUGUUUUUGUUUUAUCUAUAGUGACUAAUCAACUCCGUGUGGGAUGUUGAUAUAUAUAUACCACUCUUUGAAUAUAUCAGAGAAAAGGAACCAGGGUAAAACACAGGGAGAGGGUAGGAGCAUCCCAGCUGUGCUAGAUUUGUGAGAAGGGGGGAACUUACUAGAAAUCCGUGUGACUGUAGAUAGAUCUUUGUAGUGUACAUGUACGGCCUUGGUGGGGUGGAGGGAGUAGAGUACGGCCCCAGUCCAUGAGUCUGCCUGCACGUAGGCCGUUGAGCACAAUUUCCCUGGGACGAAUAUAUAGUGGUGUCUUGUAUACCCGCGGAUGGGUUUCCGGAUAUUUUCUGGAGCGUCGACAAUCUAUCUACCGUAUGGCUCAGUUCCUAAACGUUAGAAGAUAGGGAGCCACGGAACAGGAUGAGAUUAAGGUUGAGCUGC